CGUAGUACCGCAACCCGCCACUCACCGCUGCCUCGGCGCCACAGUCUCUCUCUCCGCAUGUCCGGAGCCGGCUGAAACCGUUCGUACCUCCUCGACGUUCGUCCACCUACUCGCCUCCUGCAAAAUGGUACUUGCAGACGCGACGUUGGCGGACAACCAUCACCGUCACCGUACCUUUGCGACAAACGGUAAUUCGGAAGGUAUUACGAUAUGUAACUUGGCGGACGGCGAGACCUUGACAUACAGCUUGGCCCUGAUAAGAGGUCGAGCACCCGCGCUAUGCAGCUACAUCACCGUACGGGGUUACAAAAACGUGACCUCGGAGUGGCCGAUCAUCGCGGGACAGUUCCGCGUCCUGGUGGACUUGGCGCGUGGUCCGAACAAAUUGGAGCUCGAGGCGGGCGGGCACAAGAGAAGAAUUAUCCUGAUAUACGAACCGAGAACCACGAGGCUACGGGUGACACCGGUCUACGUCAUCUGCGCCGGUCAUGAUGGUUAUUUUCAGGGACCACGGGGCGAGGAUCGAUCGCCUGAGAGCGCGGCAACGAGAAUAGGGCUCGGUGCCAGACUGCUUCAAACUUUGACGGCCGAGAAGCUCCGUGAGGCCGGUUACGGCAGGAAAACCUUCCAAUUGGAGAGAGAUCUGGACGGGCCGGAAUGCCUGGUGAUGCAUAGCAUGCUUCACGUGGACCGUGCUCGGGCGAUGAAGCAAAGGGAGCUCUGGGAGCUGGUCGCGCGCGAACUGAUGACCGGCCCGUUAGCGUCGAGGAAUCGCAAGUAUUUGGCGUUUCUCUCGUGCACGAGGUACCGUGGCGCGCCCAGUCCUCGUACGCACGAAGACACCUUGGCGAGGACGCAAGGUCACGCUGCUCUCGGCGGAGGUGGUCUAGCGCUCUUUGGUUCAGCGUGUCUCCACACCUGGCCUACGUGUAUGGCUCAGGUAUUACCGAGAUUCUUGGACGUCACUAUCGUGGACACCGAGCAGCUCAUGGACGACAGCAACUACCGUGGCACUCACGGCGGCUGUUUAGCGACGACGUUAGGCUCCGUUCUGCACGAACUUGGUCACACCUUCGAUCUCGGCCAUACUCGGGAAGGGAUAAUGGGACGAGGAUUCGACUACGUCGACAGGGUGUUCGUAGGCGCUGCUGGGAUCGACUUCAAUCGUAAUCCUAUCAGAAGGGACCCUCAACAUACGACUGUCGCUCUUAGUAGACCUCUCAGUGUCACGGUGACUGUACAAGAAUCCGUACUGUCGAGUCCGCGAAGAGGCAGACUGCUCUCGGAGACAUCCAGACCAACACCGUCGCCUACUUCGAGACAGCUGCCUGGCAGACUUUCGGCGCCGGCUAGUCCGGAACUCAACAGAUCGCUCACUAAGAGUCUGAUCGCCUCGGAGCUCCCUUCGCAGUCCGAUCGGACGUUCUGGGGGCCAUCGUGCGCGGCGUUACUCGCGUAUCACUGCUGGUUCAACAAUGAGAUGGACAGUCUUUCCAACAGGACAUCUUUCCAUCAUCACGAGAUAGAAUAUGACGGGAAAAGGAAUGUGGUGAGAUCACGGUACGGGAUACGUGUCAUAGAGCUUAGGGAAGCCUCAGGAGGGAUGGUUGUGGGCUCUCGUCAAUUUCCUGGCUCGCGACCACCUUUGGAGGCUCUAGUACCAUCACCUCCACCGCACUGCCUCACCACCCUCACCCUCGUGGCCGAAGACUCCACCGGGAACGUGCUCAAACAUCCUCUUCCCACUGCCUUUUAAAGGUCAGCAGAAAUAGUGAUGGGU